AUGGAUUUUCCAAGAGCUGCCACCACGGGGCUUGGGGUGCUGGUCGGCGUGGUGCUGCGCUACGGCAUCCACGUCCCCAGCGACGUGAACAACGUGACGCUGAGCUGCCAGGUGCCCAGCAGCCCCGCCACGCUGCUCGUCAACGUCAGYGGCAAGUACUACGAGUACACCCUGAAGGGCGAGAUCAGCGCCCAGGAGCUCAACAACGUCCAGGACAACGAGAUGCUGAGGAAGGUGACUUUUGACCCCGAGGUGUUUUUCAACAUUUUGCUUCCUCCGAUUAUAUUUUAUGCAGGCUACAGCUUAAAACGGAGGCAUUUCUUCAGAAACUUGGGAUCGAUCCUAGCAUACGCUUUCCUUGGAACUGCCAUUUCCUGCCUGGUGAUCGGCUCCAUCAUGUACGGCUGUGUGGCCUUGAUGAAAGUCACGGGGCAGCUCGGCGGAGACUUCUACUUCACCGACUGCCUCCUGUUUGGUGCUAUCGUAUCAGCUACUGACCCAGUGACUGUUCUUGCCAUAUUCCAUGAACUCCAGGUUGAUGUGGAGCUCUAUGCCCUUCUCUUUGGCGAAAGCGUCCUCAACGAUGCCGUUGCCAUAGUGCUGUCCUCGUCCAUUGUUGCAUACCAGCCUGCAGGUGACAACAGCCACACAUUUGAUGUCACAGCGAUGUUCAAGUCCAUUGGGAUCUUCCUGGGCAUUUUCAGUGGGUCUUUUGCAAUGGGGGCUGCUACGGGAGUUGUGACAGCAUUAGUCACCAAGUUCACCAAACUCCGGGAGUUCCCGCUGCUGGAGACCGGCCUCUUCUUCCUGAUGUCCUGGAGCACGUUCCUGCUAGCCGAAGCGUGCGGCUUCACAGGUGUGGUGGCUGUGCUGUUCUGCGGGAUCACUCAGGCUCACUACACCUAUAACAACUUAUCGACUGAGUCCCAGCACAGAACUAAGCAGUUGUUCGAGCUUCUGAAUUUCUUGGCAGAAAACUUCAUCUUUUCCUACAUGGGACUUGCGCUGUUCACCUUCCAGAACCACGUCUUCAAUCCCACCUUUGUGGUGGGAGCUUUCCUUGCUAUCUUCCUAGGAAGAGCGGCCAACAUUUACCCAUUGUCGUUUCUACUCAAUCUGGGCAGAAGAAAUAAGAUUGGAACAAAUUUGCAGCAUAUGAUGAUGUUUGCUGGGCUGCGAGGAGCCAUGGCCUUCGCGCUGGCCAUCCGCGACACGGCCACCUACGCGCGGCAGAUGAUGUUCAGCACCACGCUGCUCAUCGUCUUCUUCACGGUGUGGGUUUUCGGCGGGGGCACCACGGCCAUGCUCUCCUGCCUCAAUAUCCGGGUUGGUGUGGAUGCAGACCAGGAGAACGUGGGCGUCCCGGAAAGCGAGAGGAGGAGUACRAAGGCAGAAAGCGCCUGGCUCUUCCGCAUAUGGUACAACUUUGACCACAACUACCUGAAGCCACUGCUGACACACAGCGGUCCCCCGCUCACCACGACGCUGCCCGCGUGCUGCGGGCCCGUCGCCAGGUGCCUCACGAGUCCGCAGGCCUACGAAAACCAGGAGCAGCUGAAGGAUGAUGACUCCGAUCUCAUCUUGAACGACGGCGACAUCAGCCUGACGUACGGCGACUCCACCGUCAACACCGACUCGGUCGCCUCCAGCGGCACGUCGCGGCGCUUCGUCGGCAACAGCUCCGAGGAUGCACUGGACCGCGAGCUCGCUUUCGGGGACCAUGAACUCGUAAUCCGCGGAACGCGCCUGGUUCUCCCCAUGGAUGACUCGGAGCCACCGUCAAACAUCCUGGAUAACGCAAGGCAUGGUCCCGCAUAAGGUUUCUCAGUUAAAUGACAGUAAUAUUUGCAUAUAUGAUCAAGAAAUAUGUACUACCUAAAGUCUAAUGCAUGUCUCAAAAUGUCUAAGCUGUAUAAAUAUUAUUUAUAUGGUGUCAGAAGAAUAUAAAUAUUCUCUGCCAAGCACUUGUAAGGAACAAGCUGCAAAUUUAAGUUAAAAACUGUGUUGACUGCACUGUGUAGGGUGGAACUGUUUUAGCGUAAGAAUCUUCUGCACACAGUGAGCUUCUUUUAUGGUGUGAUUUGAUGAAGGGUUUAGGUUCCAGCUGGGUAAGUAAAGGAGCUGCCUCCCCACUCAUCCUUUGUACCUGGCUGAGCAGGGCAGGCAGGGUAGGCGGUGAGCAGUGUAAAUUACUUUCUAUUCAGAUGGGGAAUUUUGUCUCUGACCUUUGGAUAAUCACAUUAAAACGUCAGUGGAACGUCUGCUGACAGCCCGUCUCGCUGGGCAGCGGCCAGCAAUAACCUCUACUUUGUGGGAACCGGAGCCGGGAUGCUCGUCCCAGCRGAGGGACGGGAGGGAACAGGGAUGGAGUUUCUUAUUUUAAGCGAGCUGGCUCCUCUGCCCCGGCCUCAGCAGCGGCAGAGCGGUCUGCAGCGGUGCAGGGUGCUCGCCUGGAGCCCGAGGUGAGGAUUUGUACGGGGAGAAGGGGACGAUGCUGCCCAAGUCACACGGCGGUCCCUGGAUUUUAUGGCCCAGCCCGUCAUUCACUUGCUGCUCCAGCAGCUCUCCGGGAAGAGCCAUCAAACCCCUCUGUGGGCACCUAAAUUCCGCGCUCGGGCAGCAAGCGUGUCCCUGUGCUUGGAGCGAUCCCGACGGAGCCACGGCGGAUCCGUGCUGUGCCGGCCGCUCCGGCUGGCAGCCGGGACCCCCGGAGGUGCCCAGCACCCGGUGGUACCCAAGGGCAGUUGUCCAUCCGUCCCCCUGUACAGUCCCAUCACUGCACUUUGUGUCRCGCUCCCUUCACGUUAGCAUGUGUGUCUGUGGCCCUGCUCGCUCUCACGUCGCUUCCUGUUUACUGAGAGACGCCGCGUCUGUUUUGGGGCGUUUUUGCUUGUUUGGUUGGUUGUUUUCCCAAUGAAGAGCGCAGAACAAUUUGCGAUUUCGCACUAGUGUUACGGGAUUUGCUCCRUAGUUACGGCAACGGCAAAAGGUGCAGCGAGAUCCUCAGCCCUGGCAUCUUUUCCCCCGGAGAAGGGGAAGGCACAGAAAUUUGCUGUAUGCAGUUUUAUUGCCUAUUUUAGCCACGCUUUUGCUCUACAGGACCUUCAGGGUUUCAAGCCUGCGCUUGGYUUGUCCUGCUCUCUGCUAAAAGCAGGAACUGGGCAGCAAAAGUGCAGUGUGGUGGGAGUGCUCCUGACU